GUCUAGUAGCUCUCUGCUGCCCUAUGGUGCGUCUCUAUACGUUUGUCCAUUAAAAGCGCCAAACUGUAACACCGAUCGCGUGUUGUGUUGUGUUUUGUUUAACAAAUGUUGUCUAAACAGGCGAAUUAAAUCGGGACUGGAAAGUGCAAGUUACAUAAGUGCAUAACAAAGAAGGCGAAUUCUAUCUGUGCGUCAAAAUGAGCGUCGAAAGGGAUGACGUAUACAGCACUUUUAUGCCGAACAAACUUGACUAUAGUGUGGUGCCCGGAACUGAGUUCCAGUGCAAACUAGUCCACCAAAACUCUAGGAAGCUAUCGACCAUCGAUGAGCAGGACUAUGAAAAGGCUAAUCGAAGAGGAAUGAUAAAUCAGGUUCUGGCCACCUGCGCGGUCUUGUUGCUGUCCGCCGGCUGUGGCAUGCCCAUUGGAUUCUCAGCGGUAUUGCUGCCCCAGCUAAGUGAUGGAAAUACCACAGAGAUACCCAUUGAUGUCAAUACAGGCUCGUGGAUAGCGAGUGUCCACAGCUUGGCCACGCCCUUUGGUUCGCUGCUGUCCGGGCCCCUGGCUGACUAUUUGGGACGCCGCAAGACUCUGCUGGUUUCGGUGAUUCCCCUCUUUCUAGGCUGGACCACGCUGGCCACAGCCAAGAGCAUUAAAAUUAUGAUUUUUGCACGCUUUCUGUGCGGCUUUGCCACUGGCAUUCUGGGCGGACCAGGACAGGUCUACAUAGCCGAGACAGCGGAACCCAAUCUUAGAAGUCUUUUGAUUGGGGCACCCUACGUAGCGUAUUCAUGUGGCAUACUGCUUGUCUACUCACUGGGUUCGCUAAUGUACUGGAGGAAUGUAGCCUGGUGUGCCAACGUACUGCCGUUCCUCGCUGUCGUCUCUAUCUACUGCAUCCCCGAGACGCCGGCCUGGCUGCUGCGCAACGCCCAUGAGAAGAAAGCCCUGAAAGCCCUGAUCUUUCUCAGGGGCAGCGGGAUCAGUGCCCAGAAGGAGGUGAAUGAAAUGAAGAUGAGGCUGGACAAGGAGCGGGCCACGACCAAGACCAACGAGAAUAUCUUUAGUCUGUGCUGUCAGCGGGUUGCUAUUAAGCCUCUGUUCAUCGUGAUUGUGUUCUCGCUCCUGCAGAUGUUCUCUGGCACCUUCAUUGUGAUAUUUUAUGCCAUCGAUAUUGUGUCGGAGUUCGGAGCCGACUUUGAUACUAAACAGGCUGCGAUAUGGACGGCUGCUGUUCGGGUCGUCUGCUGUAUGAUGUUCUGUGCAAUUUUAAUCUUUGUGCGGAGGCGUCGCAUCAUGAUCCUGUCUGGUAUCGGCUCGGGCGUAUUCUGCCUGGCUUUGAGUGGCUUCAUGUACGCUCGGGUGGGUCAUACAAAGAUGUCGUACGAUGUUUUGGUGGCUGGUGGCUGCCUAUUGGGCUAUAUCGUCUUCAACACAGCGCUAAUGGUGAUGCCGGGCAUCAUGAUUGGUGAACUGUUUCCGGCCAGGAUUCGUGGCCGGACGGCGGGCGGAGUGUUUGCCUCCAUGAACGUGGCACUGUUCAUCUUUGCCAAAGGCUUCCCUGCCCUACAGUCGCUGCUAAAGAUGAGAGGGGUCUUUCUGGUAUUUGGCUUUUCCAGCUUCCUGCUAACCAUCUUUAUGUGCCUAUUUCAGCCCGAGACGAAGGGUCGCAGCCUGGAGCACAUCGAGGACUAUUUCAAUGCCAAAAACUGGCUGUGGUUCCGUCGGGACCGUGGAUACAAGACGGUAAAGCUCACGUCCCUACAACCACUCAAAGGAAACGCAACGGAAAGCGCUUAAAUUACUCUUAAGGGGACUAGAUUUUAUACAGGCCUGUUAAGAUUAUAAUUAGUUUGCUUAGUUAUUAUAUGGCGUACUCUUAGCUGUAUUCGUAGUGCCUUGCAGGUUUUUAAAUCUAUAGAUUUUCCAGUGUUCAUCAGUCAUUCCAACAUGGUAAUCUUCACGCACUACGUUUAUCAAUUAAAAUUGUGAUAAAAAUGCUUUAAAAUGUAUCUCUUUUUUAAUAAAA